CUUAAAUGAGAACGCAUACAAUCCAAAAAGUGGAACAGCAUAGCAAAAAUACCAACAAUAAUGAAAGGACAUAUUAUUGCUAUUUUAUUGUUCUGUUUAUAUAGACCGUGUGUGAGUGAAGAUAUUAUGUUUCCCUUCGGGGAGGCGGAAGGUGACAAUGCUGUACCUACCAAUGAUGAUGGAAGUUCUGGGAUAAUUAAUCUUUCAACAUUGUUUCCGUUUUUCGAUCACAACCAUGACUUUCUUUAUGUGAAUACAAAUGGCGUCAUAUCGUUCUUAACGGAAGUAAGCCAGUAUACGCCUGACCCCUUUCCGCUGGAUGGUGAUAGGCGAUUGGUAGCUCCGUUUUGGGCUGACGUAGACACCACAGAAGGUGGAAAGGUCUACUAUAGAGAAGUUCUACGUCAAGCCAAUGAACAACUGACUGAUCGAGCUACAGUCAUAGUGAGAAAUGCCUUCAUAGAUCAGGAUGAUUUCACUGCUACUUGGUUAUUCAUUGCUACCUGGUAUAAUGUGUCGUAUUUCGGUUCUUAUAACCCCUUUUGUAGAAACAAUUUUCAGGCGAUACUGGUGACAAAUGGCCGUCAUUCAUUUACAUUUUUUCAUUAUGGGGACAUCAACUGGACAACUGGCACGGCAAGUGGUGGUUCUCCGAUCACCGGCUUAGGUGGUACGCCAGCGCAGGUAGGUUUUAAUGCUGGUGAUGGACGAAACUUCUACUCAGUGCCUGGGUCAAGGAAUGAGUCCAUUGUAGAUAUAGAGACAACGACAAACGUUGGUGUAAUUGGACGCUGGGUGUUCCGAAUUGACGAAGAGAACGUUGUCGAAGACGGUUGCAAAGAUGAAGUGACUACUGGAACACUAACAGUUUUUCCAUUUUCUGGCUCCAUGCUUGGCGGAGAUACUAUCCUCAUCCAAGGUCCGUGCUUUGACCUUCAACAUAACAUCACUUGUAAGUUUAUUGACCCCGAUACGGGCCCUGAAACUCAAGGUAUGGUACUCAGCCAACUAAAAGCCGAGUGUGUGACGCCCAUAUUUUACCGGACUGGACGAAUCAGGUUUUAUGUGUCGAAUGGACAAACAUUUGGAUUUGAGGGCGUUUUUACCAUACUGAACAUAGAAGAUGCUAUAACUCCAGUGAACGUAAAAAAUGAAAUAUUUUCACAAUACGUUACUGUAUCCUGGGACACAUCAUUAACACCGUACGAUUUUGUAAAUAUUGAACUGUUCACCUAUUCGGAAAAUUGGGAAAAUUUAGAGGUCACUUUGGAUAGGUCGCUGAUAAAAGAAAAAGUGGUUGGAGCAUUAGGUGUGAUCCAAGUCGAAGCUAUGGAUAUACCUGUAGACGAUGAUGACCAUAUCGGAAUUGUACGGGUUUCAAAGUGGAACAGCAAAGGCGAUUUGUAUUUGCCAGGUGUUUGGAGUGAAGUUAUGGACUUGGGCUGGUUACAUGCGGCUCAGAACAUUUUCCACGACUUUCGAGGUGAUGUCUGGUGUGCUGAUUGGAAGAUACUGGAGGACAGCCUAGGCAGCUUCUUAAGUGGCACACAAGAUUGUCCAUGCACCAUCCAGCAGGCGUUAGCCGACACUGGUCGAAUCACUUUACACUCAGCGUGUUAUCUGCCAAACAAUUACUAUUACGGUUGUGAGGUAUUUGAUAACCAUCAAUGUGUUCAAGCAAAUACACCAAGUGAGUCCGGUAGAGGGGUAGAGUGUUGUUACGGAUCUGAUGGUGAACUGCUCAACAUACAAGAUAAACUAUAUGCUGGGUUUUUUCAUCGGCACCAUUACAGAGCCAUGACCCCACACGGAGUAGCUGGGCAAGUGCCUUACUUGUCCCAUUUUGCAGCCGAUAUUCUACCAUUCCGAUAUUGUUGUUAUUAUUCGAAUCAUGUCGAGGAUUGCGAACAUUUUAAAGAAAGGCGUCCCUCAGAUGACUGCACCAGUUACGUGCCACCGCCAAUUGGUGGUGGGAAUGGUGAUCCACAUUUUCGCACACUAGACGGUACAUCUUAUACAUUUAAUGGGCACGGCGAAUACACAUUUAUCGAAGCACUCGACAGACAGUUCGUCAUGCAGUGCCGGACGGAACAAAUCACAGGAACACGUGCUUCUCGUUUUACCGCAAUGGCUGCGAAAAUCAAUGGAACCGAUAGUGUUCACAUUAGCUUAAGUGAACGACGAGGACUCGAUGCUCGCAUCAAAUCUGAUAGCGGAUGGCAAUUAGUAGACUUUGAACAUAUAGACUACUGGGAGUUUAAUG